CAGGAAACACAAAGGACACAAAGGAAAUAUAGGUUUUAUUGAACUCUGAGGCUGUGUCUGAGAGGAAGUCUUUCUAACAGGUGUAUAUAAGACCAGCUUGCUGCUCUGUUGUGCAGGAUGUCUCAAAGGAAGAUGCUGCAAUUCUCCAUGGGAGCCCUGCUUCUCCUACCCUGGUUUGGUGGACUGGUCCUUGGAGAGAUCAGCAACGACUUCUCGCAGUGCCUUGAUGUCUUCUACAAUAAAACUCCACCAAUGGGUAUCAAUGCAGCAGGAUACACACCAAUAUGCCAGCGCUUCAAAAACCAGUACCACUUUGCCAGCUUGUAUCACCGUCAGCAUCGUGCACCAUUGUACUCUGCGUACAUACUCAGUCCUGCAGAUGGCAAACGGCCCAAUAGCACUUGGAUGUAUGAACCACAGUUGGCAUUUUCCCGUGCUAGUUCAGAGAUGAAACCCUUCCACACCUCCAUGGACCAGAAUGUGAUUGAGAGCCAGGCAGUGCUGCAGGACUACAAGAACUCCAGCUACACCAAAGGCCAUCUCAAUCCCAGCAUGCACCAGAAGACAAGAGAAGACCGUGAGGCCACCUUCACCCUGACAAACAUUGUCCCUCAGCGAGCCGGCUCCAACUCCGGCCCCUGGAGCAUUCUGGAGAAUGAGGUGUUAAAAAAAUUCAAGGCCUUCUGCAACGGGUUGAUGUACGUGAUCACUGGAGCCAUUCCGUAUGAAUCUGAACCCCGUUGGAUCAAUAACAGGGUGUCUGUUCCUGAGUACAUGUGGUCUGCCUACUGCUGCCCAUCCUACAAUACCAGCCUUCCUAAGCACCUGAAGCCCUUUUUUCCCACAUAUGCUGCAGUGGGAAGAAAUGACCGCAACAGUGGAGAGGAAAUUGUGCCGGUGAAGGUCAAGGCGAGGGCCUCGGUGAGGGGCUAUGAUGUGAGGCGGAUGUCUUUAGAGACUCUCGAGGACAUCCUGGCACAAAGGCUGGCUAUGCCCAUCAGUCUGUUUCAUGGGCAGUGUCAGUAGCAAGGUUGAAAAGUUGUUAUGAAGGUGCACUGAAGUAGUAGUCACCACAUACAGCAUAUCUCCCUUGUGUCAGGCUAGUCUCAAGAAGUCUUUACCAGAGUUGGGACCCUCCCUAACUCUCUUUGAUUACAGAAUGAGUGUUUGAUUAACUCAGUGAUUUUGCUAAUAAAACAAGACUGAAAUGGAUUAAGUCUUCUGAUGAAACAAAUCAAA